UGCCGCCAGGAAGGUUCCAAGCUAAAAGAUGUCGCGCAUUGAGAAAGACACGCUCGGCGCGAUGGAGGUGCCCGUGGAUCGCUAUUUUGGAGCACAGACCAUGCGUUGCGCUCUGAAUUUCCCGAUUGGCGGCAUAGAAGAGCGGAUGCCAAAGGCCGUAGUGCAGGCCAUGGGUAUAUUGAAGAAGGCUGCCGCCGAAGUGAAUAGGGAGUUUGGCUUGGAAGCCAAGAUCAGCACAGCUAUAGCGAGUGCUGCGGACGAGGUUAUUUCGGGCAAGCUCUACGAUGAGAAUCACUUUCCUCUGCCGAUUUGGCAAACGGGCUCCGGUACUCAGACCAACAUGAAUGUAAAUGAAGUUAUAAGUAAUCGUGCCAUUGAACUGCUCGGUGGGACCUUAGGCUCCAAAGAUCCGGUACACCCCAACGAUCAUGUAAAUAAGUCUCAGAGCUCGAAUGACACAUUUCCGUCAGCGAUACACAUUUCAGUUGGCAUUGAACUGAUGAAGCGUCUGAGGCCGGCAAUCACAGGGCUGCGAGAUGCCCUUGCUGCCAAGUCGCAGGAGUGGAAGGACAUUAUUAAAAUUGGACGAACUCACACACAAGAUGCCGUGCCUCUGACCCUUGGCCAGGAAUUUAGUGGCUACACGCAACAACUCACUAACGGUCUUGAGCGCCUUGAUGCUGUCAUGCCACACGUCUAUCAAUUAGCUCUGGGGGGUACAGCUGUCGGCACUGGUCUGAACACACGAAAGGGCUUCGCGGAGAAGUGUGCCCAGCGUAUCGCGCAGCUGACGUCCUUACCUUUCGUAACAGCACCAAAUUUCUUCGAGGCCUUAGCUGCCCGUGAUGCCAUGGUGGAGGUUCAUGGUGCACUAAACACUAUAGCUGUCAGCAUUAUGAAAAUUGCCAAUGAUAUCCGUUUCUUGGGUUCCGGACCACGUUGUGGCCUUGGUGAGCUCAGCUUGCCCGAAAACGAGCCAGGAAGUUCGAUUAUGCCGGGCAAGGUUAAUCCAACGCAGUGCGAGGCCAUAACCAUGAUCUGCGCCCAAGUAAUGGGCAAUCACGUGGCCGUCUCUGUGGGUGGUUCCAAUGGCCACUUCGAACUAAACACCUUUAAGCCACUCAUUGUGUCGAAUGUGCUGCGUUCCAUAAAGCUGUUGACCGAUGGCAGCAUAACAUUCACAAAUAACUGCGUCAAAGGUAUAAAGGCUAACAAGGAAAAAAUUGCCAAGAUCAUGAACGAAUCCUUGAUGCUAGUGACGGCUCUUAACCCACACGUUGGAUACGACAAGGCGGCUCUCAUAGCCAAGACAGCGCACAAAAAUGGCACCACUUUGAAACAGGAGGCUAUCAAUGCGGGAAUAUCAGAGAAGGACUUCAAUGAUUGGGUGCGUCCGGAACAGAUGUUGGGACCGAAAUAGAACGGAAGCGCGCCUUAUUACUUAUUACAAUCAUUUUUUGAGAAAAUACAAGUAUAUUUAUAACCUUUAUAUAUUCUUUUAAAAAAUUAAAUGGGAGCAUCAAUUGGA